CUACAACUGCCCUGGAUCAUCGCAUGAUUCUAAUAUUACCGAGCCACUCCUAUCUACAGUUCUUCGAGAACAAACGCCUGCAGGCUACCGGCUUCUUGCUGAUUGUGCUUCCCGCGAUCUGCUGCCAUGUCACUCUUAGUACAGAUGCCACCCAACGUCGAAUGAUUUUAUAUGUAGUAUUCAAAUUACAUAAUUACCGAGUUUCAGAAGUACAACUAAGUCAAAUUAGACGCGUUUACCAAGAAGCUUGGAGCGAAUCAAACGAAUAAAGUGAGUAAACAUGUUUAUUCGGUAUAAAAUACUUUUUGGAAGACCUUUCUUUUAUCCCUGCAGGAUAAACUUUAUUUUUC